GCCGGGCGCGGGGCCGCGAGCGCCAGGCAGGACGCCCUGAGCCCCGCUGCGCCCCGCUGGGGCCUGAGCCCGCCGCCGCGCCUCCCGCGCCUCGCCCGCACCAUGAUCGCCGCCGCUUUCCUCGUGCUACUGAGACCCUACAGCAUCCAGUGCGCCCUCUUUCUCUUGCUGCUCCUGCUGGGCACCAUCGCCACCAUCAUCUUCUUCUGCUGCUGGCACCGCAGGCUCCAGAAAGGGAGGCAUCCAAUGAGAUCGGUCUUCUCGGGGCGCUCGAGGAGCCGAGAUGCUGUCCUGAGAUCGCACCACUUUCGUUCUGAGGGAUUCAGAGCCAGCCCUCGGCAUCUCAGGAGACGAGUCACAGCAGCCGCAGCUGCCCGCCUGGAGGAAGUGAAGCCUGUGGUGGAGCCACACCAUCAGAGUGAGCAGGAGGCUUCUGGGAGGAAGCGGAGGAUCAAGAAAAGCAGCCGUGUCCAGCCUGAGUUUUAUCACUCUGUUCAAGGAGCUUCAGCCAGAAGGCCUAGUUCUGGGAACGCAUCCUAUCGCUGCUCCAUGUCUUCCUCUGCGGAUUUUUCUGAUGAGGAUGAUUUCAGCCAGAAAUCUGGCUCAGCAUCUCCAGCUCCUGGAGACACCCUGCCUUGGAAUUUGCCUAAACAUGAGCGAUCCAAAAGAAAGAUUCAGGGGGGCUCUGUGCUGGACCCUGCCGAGAGGGCGGUGCUCAGGAUAGCAGAUGAACGGGACAAAGUUCAAAAGAAAACAUUUACAAAAUGGAUAAAUCAGCAUCUCAUGAAGGUUCGAAAACAUGUGAACGAUCUCUAUGAAGACUUAAGGGACGGACACAAUUUGAUCUCUCUCUUAGAGGUUCUCUCGGGAGAUACCUUGCCAAGGGAGCGAGAUUUUUUGAAGACCUUACGAUUGGUGAGUUCAACAGACGCAUGCGCAUAUGAACAGCAUGAGGAUGUGGAGGAUGAGGAUAAGGGGCCCAGAGAGAAAGGUCGGAUGCGUUUUCACAGACUACAGAAUGUACAAAUUGCACUGGACUAUUUGAAAAGACGCCAGGUGAAAUUAGUGAAUAUUAGAAAUGAUGAUAUAACAGAUGGAAAUCCUAAAUUAACUUUGGGACUAAUAUGGACAAUAAUUUUGCACUUUCAGAUAUCUGACAUCCACGUCACUGGAGAGUCAGAAGACAUGUCUGCAAAAGAGAGACUGCUACUGUGGACACAGCAGGCCACUGAGGGCUAUGCUGGAGUGCGGUGUGAGAACUUCACUACCUGCUGGAGAGAUGGAAAACUCUUUAACGCCAUCAUCCAUAAAUACAGGCCGGACCUGAUAGACAUGAAUACUGUUGCUGUUCAAAGCAACCUUGCAAAUUUAGAGCACGCUUUUUAUGUAGCAGAAAAAAUUGGUGUUAUAAGACUUCUGGACCCCGAAGAUGUCGAUGUCUCUUCACCUGAUGAAAAAUCAGUUAUAACUUAUGUGUCAUCUCUCUAUGAUGCAUUUCCCAAAGUCCCUGAGGGUGGCGAAGGCAUUGGCGCAAAUGAUGUUGAAGUCAAGUGGAUUGAAUACCAGAAUAUGGUGAACUACCUCAUCCAGUGGAUUAGACAUCAUGUGACUACAAUGUCUGAGAGAACAUUUCCUACUAAUCCUAUAGAAAUAAAGGCACUUUAUAAUCAGUAUUUACAGUUUAAAGAAACAGAAAUUCCACCAAAAGAGACAGAGAAAUCAAAAAUUAAACGUCUCUAUAAAUUAUUAGAGAAUUGGAUAGAAUUUGGGCGCAUCAAACUGCUCCAAGGUUACCAUCCAAAUGACAUCGAGAAGGAGUGGGGGAAGCUCAUCGUCGCCAUGCUGGAGCGGGACAAGGCGCUUCGUCCUGAAGUGGAGAGGUUGGAAAUGCUACAGCAGAUUGCCAGCCGCGUCCAGAGGGACACUGUAGUCUGUGAAGACAAACUGAUGCUCGCCCGAAGUGCACUUCAGUCUGAUUCCAAAAGAUUAGAAUCGGGGGUGCAGUUUCAGAAUGAAGCAGAAAUUGCUGAGUACAUACUUGAAUGUGAGAACCUUUUACGCCAGCAUGUCAUUGAUGUACAAAUUCUUAUUGAUGGGAAAUACUAUCAGGCAGAUCAGCUGGUUCAGAGGGUUGCAAAACUGCGUGAUGACAUUAUGGCCUUAAGGAAUGAGUGUUCCUCUGUGUAUAGCAAAGGUCGCAUGCUGACAGCAGAGCAGACGAAGCUCAUGAUAUCAGGAAUUUCUCAAAGUUUGAACUCAGGGUUUGCACAGACCUUAACCCCCACUCUGAACUCAGGACUGACCGCAAGUGUAACGCAUUCCCUGACCUCUUCUGGUGUGACCUCUGGCCUGUCAUCUGGAUUGACUUCCCAUCUGACUCCAUCUGUCACUCCGGCUUAUACACCUGGCUUCCCAUCAGGAUUCAUUCCAAACUUCAGUCCAGGGGGAGACCCAAGUUCUCUGCAGUCUCUGAAACUGAUGCAGAUCCGGAAACCCCUUCUAAAGUCGUCUUUGCUGGAUCAGAAUUUGACAGAAGAGGAAGUCAACAUGAAAUUUGUUCAGGAUCUUUUGAAUUGGGUUGAUGAGAUGCAGGUGCAGCUUGAUCAUACUGAAUGGGGCUCAGAUUUACCAAGUGUUGAAAGCCAUUUAGAAAAUCAUAAAAAUGUUCACAGAGCUAUAGAAGAAUUUGAAUCUAGCCUUAAAGAAGCUAAAAUCAGUGAGAUUCAAAUGACAGCACCUCUUAAGCUAACUUAUACAGAAAAGUUGCACAGAUUGGAGAGCCAAUAUGCAAAACUUCUGAGCACAUCUAGGAAUCAGGAACGGCACCUUGACACACUCCACAAUUUUGUAAGUCGUGCAACUAAUGAACUUAUUUGGUUGAAUGAAAAAGAAGAGGAGGAAGUAGCUUAUGACUGGAGUGAGAGAAAUACACAUAUAGCCCGGAAAAAAGAUUACCAUGCUGAAUUAAUGCGAGAACUUGAACAAAAAGAAGAAAAUAUCAAAUCAGUUCAAGAGAUAGCAGAGCAGCUUCUUCUAGAAAAUCACCCUGCCCGUUUAACUAUUGAGGCCUACAAAGCAGCAAUGCAGACACAGUGGAGCUGGGUCCUACAACUCUGCCAGUGUGUGGAACAGCACAUAAAGGAGAACACUGCGUAUUUGGAGUUUUUCAGUGAUGCCAAAGAAGCUACUGAUUAUCUAAAAAAUCUAAAAGAUGCCAUUCAACGGAAGUACAGCUGUGACAGAUCGAGCAGCAUUCAUAAGCUGGAAGACCUUGUCCAGGAAUCAAUGGAGGAGAAAGAAGAACUCCUGCAGUACAAGAGCACAGUGGCAAGCCUGAUGGGGAGAGCAAAAACCAUAAUCCAGCUCAAGCCAAGGAACCCUGACUAUCCACUCAAAACCUCUAUCCCCAUCAUGGCUAUCUGUGACUACAGACAAAUUGAGAUAACCAUUUACAAAGAUGAUGAAUGUGUUUUGGCAAACAACUCUCACCGUGCUAAGUGGAAGGUCAUUAGUCCUACUGGGAAUGAGGCUAUGGUUCCCUCUGUGUGCUUCACUGUUCCUCCACCAAACAAAGAGGCAGUUGACUUCGCGAAUAGAAUUGAGCAGCAGUAUCAGAAUGUCCUCGCUCUUUGGCAUGAAUCUCACAUAAACAUGAAGAGUGUAGUGUCCUGGCAUAAUCUCAUCAAUGAAAUUGAUGGUGUUCGAGCUAGCAACGUGGCUUCAAUAAAGACAAUGUUGCCUGGUGAGCACCAGCAAGUUCUGAGUAAUCUACAGUCCCGUUUUGAAGAUUUUCUGGAAGAUAGCCAGGAAUCUCAAGUGUUUUCAGGCUCAGACAUAACACAACUGGAAAAAGAAGUUAAUGUAUGUAAGCAGUAUUAUCAAGAACUUCUUAAAUCUGCAGAAAGAGAGGAGCAAGAGGAAUCCAUUUAUAAUCUAUACAUUUCUGAAGUUAGGAACAUUAGACUUCGGUUAGAGAACUGUGAAGAUCGGUUGAUUAGACAGAUCCGAACUCCUCUGGAAAGAGAUGAUUUGCAUGAAAGUGUGUUCAGAAUCACAGAACAAGAGAAACUAAAGAAAGAGCUGGAACAACUUAAAGAUGAUUUGGGAUCAAUCACAAAUAAGUGUGAAGAGUUCUUCAGCCAGGCAGCAGCUUCUCCGUCCAUGCCCACCCUGCGAUCUGAGCUCAGCACGGUGGUUCAGAACAUGAACCACAUCUACUCCAUGUCCUCUACGUGCAUAGAGAAGUUGAAAACAGUCAAUUUGGUAUUAAAAAACACUCAAGCUGCAGAAGCCCUUGUUAAACUCUAUGAAACCAAACUGUGUGAAGAAGAAGCAGUUAUAGCUGACAAGAAUAAUAUUGAGAACUUAAUAAGUACUUUAAAGCAAUGGCGAUCUGAAGUAGAUGCAAAGCGGGAGGUGUUCCAUGCGCUGGAGGAUGAGCUGCAGAAAGCAAAAGCCAUCAGUGAUGAAAUGUUUAAAAUGUAUAAAGAACGAGACCUUGACUUUGACUGGCACAAAGAAAAAGCAGAUCAGUUAGUUGAAAGAUGGCAAAACGUCCACAUGCAGAUUGACAACAGGUUACGAGAAUUAGAGAGCAUUGGGAAAUCCCUGAAGUACUACAGAGAUACCUAUCAUCCUUUAGACGACUGGAUCCAGCAGGUCGAAACUACUCAGAGAAAGAUUCAGGAGAAUCAGCCUGAAAACAGCAAGGCUUUAGCCACACAGUUGAAUCAGCAGAAGAUGCUGGUGUCUGAAAUAGAAAUGAAACAGAACAAAAUGGAUGAAUGUCAAAAAUAUGCUGAACAGUACUCGGCAGCAGUAAAGGACUAUGAAUUGCAAACAAUGACCUACCGGGCCAUGGUCGAUUCACAGCAGAAAUCUCCAGUGAAGCGCCGAAGAAUGCAGAGCUCGGCAGAUGUCAUUAUUCAGGAGUUCAUGGACCUGCGUUCACGGUACACUGCUCUGGUCACACUCAUGACACAAUACAUUAAAUUUGCCAGUGAUUCAUUAAAAAGACUGGAAGAGGAGGAGAAAUUACUGGAAGAAGAAAAGAAAGAGCAUGUUGAAAAAGCCAAAGAAUUGCAGAAAUGGGUAUCAAAUAUCACCAAGACAUUAGAUGGCGCAAAAGCUGGAAAGUCUCCCUUCUCUAGGCAAAAGAUUUCCAGUGAGGAAUUAUCAAUCAAGAAGGAACAGUUAUCUGAAGCACUUCAGACCAUGCAGCUGUUUUUGGCUAAACAUGGAGACAAAAUGACAGACGAAGAAAGAAAUGAAUUAGAAAAACAAGUGAAAACUCUUCAAGAAGGGUAUAAUUUAUUAUUUAGUGAAUGUCUGAAACAACUGGAAGAAUCACAAACCUCAGGAGAUACAAAUGUAGAGGAGAAGCUGGAUAAAGUGAUUGCAGGCACCAUCGAUCAGACAACUGGAGAAGUCCUUUCAGUCUUUCAGGCAGUUUUAAAAGGCCUUAUUGACUAUGACACAGGAAUCAGGUUGCUUGAGACACAACUGCUGAUUUCUGGUCUAAUUUCACCAGAAUUAGGAAAGUGUUUUGACCUCAAAGAUGCCAAAAGUCAUGGCCUUAUUGAUGAACAAAUUCUGUGCCAACUCAAAGAACUGAAUAAAGCUAAGGAGAUUAUUUCUGUUUCAUCAUCUAACAAAAUUCCUGUGCUAGAUGCUUUGGAUCAAGGCUUGAUAUCAGAGUCCAUGGCCAUUAAAGUUCUUGAGAUCCUAUUUUCCACCGGUUUUCUAGUUAUCCCAGCCACUGGAGAACACUUGACCCUGCAGAAGGCUUUCCAGCAGAAUUUGGUUUCAUCGGCAUUAUUUUCUAAAGUCCUGGAAAGGCAAAAUAUGUGCAAAGAUCUUAUUGACCCCUUUACCUCUGAGAAGGUGUCUUUAACAGAUAUGGUGCAAAGAAGCAUUUUACAAGAAAAUACUGGGAUGUGGCUUCUCCCUGUGAGACCACAGGAGGGGGGUCGGAUAACAUUAAAAUGUGGACGAAGCAUAAGCAUUCUGAGAGCCGCUCACGAAGGCCUCAUAGACCGUGAGACCAUGUUUCGGUUGUUGGGCGCACAGCUUCUGUCUGGUGGUCUGAUCGAGUGUACUUCUGGUCACAAGCUGACUGUGGAAGAAGCGUUAGCUGAGGGGGUGAUUGAUGGAAACACCGCCCACGGUAUCCUCACGCAUCAGGUCCAGACAGGUGGGAUCAUCUGCUCCAACCCUGCUAAACGCCUGACCAUGGAUGAAGCAGUCCAGUGCAACUUAAUCACUUCCAGCAGUGCUCUUUUGAUCCUGGAGGCUCAGCGAGGCUAUGUUGGCCUCAUUUGGCCCCACUCUGGUGAAAUAUUCCCCACAUCAUCCUCUUUGCAGCAAAAGUUAAUUACAAAUGAAUUGGCCCACAAAAUUCUGAAUGGCAGGCAGAAAAUAGCUGCUCUGUAUAUUCCAGAAAGUUCUCAAGUCAUUGGUUUGGAUGUUGCUGAGCAGAUAGGAAUUAUAGAUAACAACACAGCAUUGAUUUUAAAAAAUAUAGUACUGCCAGAUAAAAUGCCAGAUUUAGGAGAUUUAGAAGCAUGUAAAAAUACCAGAAGAUGGCUCUCUUUUUGUAAAUUCCAACCAUCAACAGUUCAUGAUUACAGACAAGAAGAAGAUAGUUUUGAAGGAGAAGAGCCAGGGGCAGCUCAAAGCUCAGAACAGACUAAGAAAUUAUUCUUAUCUUACUUGAUGGUCAAUAGCUAUAUGGAUGCAAACACAGGGCAGAGGCUUCUGCUAUAUGAUGAAGGCUUGGAGGAGGCUAUAGGUAUGCUCCUGGAUAGCUGCAGUGCUGAGUUUGGUGAGGAUGCAGCUGUGAAAGAUAGUCUGGAUGUCAUUGGCGUCCCUGGUCUGUUUCUUCAUAGUGCUGCUAGUAAGGGAAAGACUGAAUGUAUGGCUUCAUCAGCUAAUUCUGAUAAAAGUCAUUGCAGAGAAUCUGGACAUGGAGAGACUUGUGAAGAUCAAAAGGAUGUCCCAAUUGAAAAGCGUAAUGGUAAAGUGGGAAAUAAUGCUAUCAGUAGUGAAUUUUAUCAGUCAGAAAACCUGAUAGUAACUGAUGAGGAAGUUAACACUUCAUUCAGUAUGUGUAUUCCCAGUCCUGUGCCCUGUGUAAAACAGACAGAACCCAAAGAGGCUAGCACACUUGGACAUGACUCUGAAAACAGACUUAAAAAUUGUGAAAAUCAAAGUCAGCCUGAAACAAAUGAGCAUGCAGAUGAAUGUAGUCAUUCUAAAAACAUUCAAAACUUUGCAAAUGAUUUGAUAUCAAGGCCUGUUGUAAAAUCAGAAACUGAUAGGUUCUGUGAUGUGACUGAAACAAAGAAUGAGGAUAACAUAAAACAGGAUUCAUGCAGCUUUGAUUACUCCCCUAGGCUAAGUACCUUACUACGUCAUGAUAGACUGAGGCAUAGUCAGAAAAGUUUUAAUGAUGUGUGCUCCCUAGAGAAUGAUGGAAAUCCGUGUGAAGCCUCUUCAUUGUCAUUAAGUGACCAAAACAUGUUACCAAAUCAAAGAAUGGGAGAAAAUUUUCAAGAUCAGUUUCUCGGAAUUGCAGCUAUUAACAUCACUUUACAGGGAGAAACCAGUGUAAUGAAAUCUUUAAAUAGUGCCUGUAGUCCUCCUCAAAUACAAUCUUGCAGUGAUGAAUACGUUUCAGACACUUUGACUGAGAAUGAAGAAAUGCAUACUGCUUCUCAGUGGACACCUGCAGGCAAGCAAAAUGAAUCUGAAACAGAAGACUUCUCCUGUGCCAACAGCACCAAUACAUCUUGGAUCUGUGGUAGCCCUGUCCUUCAAAAAGCCAUCAGUGCUUGCGACUAUGAGACAUCACCUCUGGAUGAUCAGCAGAGUGACACAGAAACAGAUACCAAUAGCGAUAAUGAUUUUUAUGAUACUCUCUUGUUUGAAGAUGAUGACCAUGAUUCUCUGCUUCUCGAAGGUAAUAUCCAGGAUUGUCUGCAGCCUGAGGAGUAUGACACCCUACAAGAGGAAAAUGAAGGAAUGGUUUCUCCAGUGGAUGUUUUCUAUGAUAUUUCAAAAGGAAAUGAAAGUCCUGAAGUUCCCUGGGGAGGACUAGUUGGCAACUUCAGUCUGAGAAAUGAAUCACAAUGUCUUGAAGGUUUUCUCAUAGGGACUGAGAAAGCUGAGUUAGAUGCUAGUAACAGAAAACAUUUAAGUUCAUUUGGUUCAGAGAAGGUGAAUGAAUGGGCAGUGGGAACCUCAUCAGAAAGGAAACACACAGAUGACCUUGAAGGUGGUAUGUCUGACUCACUGACUAAUUAUGAAAUUGUAGGAAGGGAAGGGAGUUCUGGUGAUUCAUUAGAAUUUGAUGACACUGGUAGUUGGAGAAGAAAAGAGUAUAUAACUGGCCAGCCUGAUAUUAACCAUUUUGAUUCUAUGCAAAAUGAGGAAAGUUAUAGGGACUAUAUGUGUGACAGUAGUGAUCAAGAUGAUGAUGAUGACAAUGGUGCUGCUAAUGGUGAUGCUGGAGGAGAAGCAGUGGGAAAUGAUAAUGGAAAGUCUGAAGAUAACCAGUUGUGUGUCAUUGCUGUAAAGAAAAAUAAUGAUAAAAAUCAAAGUAUUAAAAUGCUUGUUUCAGAUAAAAUGCAUAAUUAUAGUUCUCUAGAAAGACAGCAAAGUGUAAGUGUUUUACAGUUAGAAUCUAUUAGUAAGAGCAACUUAGUUACUGACAGAAACCAUCUUCAGGAACACACAACUGGGGUUGUUCAACAAAGUGAAGAAAAUAUGUUGACUCAUGAGACAGUACUUAGAGGUACAUUGUUGCCUAACACUGAAGACAGUGAAUCAGGAACAGUCUUUGGUCCUGAAGUUAUUUUACAUAACAGUGUUGGUUCAACUUCUGAAUUAGACAUUGAUCUAAUAAACACAAAGAUAAAGAUGAUUCAAGGGCCUGAAUCUGUCAGUCUUGAGAAUGUGGCAACCAAAAUCAACCCAUCUUUUGACAAAGCCAUUGGUGCUCAGCCUGUGGUAAAAGGGAAACCUACAGACAACCAAUUGUUAUUCACUGCCUCUAUGACUGCCAGAGAUGACCAGGGACCUGGAAGAGGCCAAGGGAAAGCUGGCACAGUCAGUGUACUAACAGAAGGUUCUGGGUCUGCCCAGAAAAUGUGCUUAGGUGAAGAAGUGCUUAUAGAAGAUCCAGAAGAAGAAAAUAAAUAUCUCAAACAUCCACUUAAUAAGAGUACAAAGGAGAGCCUCAAUUUAAUCAAAAGUCAGUGUCCAUUUCCUCAGAUCAUGAACAGUGAAGAUGGUGAUCAUAGAGGAAGCCCUGAGAAGGCAACUGGGGCUCUUAAAGAGGAACCAAAAGCUGCACAAACAGUGAGUAGUAGAAGUCCUGUUCAAUUUGAGGAUCUUGAAGAAAUAUUUCAGAUGUCGGUUUCCAAGGUGAUCAAUGAUGAUGCUACUUCAGACGUUGUAUUACUUGAAGGGAACGCCACCACUGUGAAAGAGUCAUUCACCAGCAGACCUGGGAAUGAGCGUGAUCUGCUUGCUUUCCUAAAACACAAUGCUAAAGGUAUAAAAGCAAAAGAUGUGCUGAAACCCAAUGAAGACACCCCCAGCCGUGUUUUAAUAGCUGAUUCUCCUAGGAGAGAAGAUUUACAGUUAGGAGAAAAUAAUGCAAAAGAGAAUUUGGUUCCUACACAAGAAUGCUGGCCUCUAAAUAAGAUACUGCAGCAUAAUGAUGUUAUUAUUAAAGAAAGUGUCUCAGAAGGAGGAACAAAAAUUGAUCACUGCACAGCAGAAAACAGUGAAAUCGUACUUCCAAGCUUGACCCUUAAAGAUGUGGAAGACAUUGGGGUAAAAACUGAUCAUAUGAAAUCAGAAGUGUGUGUAAAUGAAAUAAAGAAUGAUAAUUCUGCCAAUACUUUAGAUACUGAAUACUCAUUCUUAAAAAUUGACCAUGAGAAAGAAGGAAUUGAGAAACAGCCUCUAAAACAACAAAAUUUGUCUCUAGAACACCAAGAAAAGGUGACACAGAUUGUGGAACUAUCUCAGGUGUUUGUGAGGAACAUAAAGGAUAUCUUAAAAAACAAAUUGAAAAAUAAUUUGAAUCCUCAAGAGGUGGCUGACCCUUCCGCUUAUGUAGACCCUGAAACUUCAAUUAUAAACUUAAUUAAACAGAUUAGCUCCUCACAGUUGAUAAGUGAAACAUCUAAUGUGUCCUUCAACUCUUCAAUCAGUGACGGCCCUGGAGUUCCCCCUGUGAAUGACUCCGCAGAGCUCAGGACAGAGAGUAGAGAUGACCUUUCCUGUAUCACAGAUAUUAACUCUGAGCAUCUCCUUGAUAUACUGAACCCAAAUCCACAUAGCCCAAGAAUUACAGGAGUGUUCAAUUUGAUGAGAGAGUUAACUAAGCUGCAAUAUGAUCUAGAGCAAAGAGGUAUUUCAUCUAAAGUACCUCUAGUGAAACUUGAAAAGGCUUUCUAUAAGCUGCUUACUGACAGGUAUUCAGAAAAAGGAGAACAAGUUAGAGAUCUGAGUCAGAAACUGUGUACCACUCCUGAGAUAGUGGAUGAAAAGCCACACAUUGUCAGUGAUCAUAAAAGCAAAGAAGGAAACCACAGUUCUCCUAAUUUACAAACCAUGAAAGAAAGGCAACUGGAAAGCCCUGUUGGGUGUGGAUUGGAAUUGCCAAGAGAUAAGAGACCUGAAGACCUGUGCAGUGACUUCCUGAAUCAUUUGGCAUGUGUUGCUGGAUCAAAAGAAAUGACUUAUGGAGAUUCCCCAGGGGAAAAAUUUUCCAGUGAAUUGCAGCAGUGUUCACAGCACACUGAAAAAAUGCAUGAGUAUUUAGCUUUCCUUCAAGAUAUGAAGCCUCCUAUAGACAACCAAGAGUCUGUUGGUAACAGUCUGGAAGCUUUGAGGAAUCAACUUAAACAGUUAGAGAUCUUUGAUUUGAGACUGUCGCCAAUUGCUGUGAUUUUAAAAAAGGAUAUAAAAUUGGCAGAAGAUUUCUCAAAGUCUCUUCCCAGUGACUUUCCUAGAAGCUAUCUUGAAGAAUUGAAUAUGAGCCACCAGAGUUUGCAGACUGCCUUCUCUUCCCUGAGCAGUGUGUUUUCAGAAAAAAUGAAACAGAUCAUGCUUGCCAUUGACUCUGAAAUGUCCAAACUAGAGGUUUCCUGCGAAGAGUUUCUGCAUAAACUUACGUCAUUCUCCGAAUGGAUAUCAGAAAGGAGCAGAUCUGUGAAGGAUACUGAGGCUCUGAAGGCUGAAGAUACUGAACAUGUGAAGAAAAAUUUGGAGUUUCUCAAGACUGUGUUAAAAGACCUGGGGCAUACCAAAAUGCAGCUGGAGAUGACUGCCUUUGAUGUGCAGUUCUUCAUUUCUGAAUAUGCACAAGAUCUGUCUCCCAACCAAAGCAGACAACUGCUGCGGCUCUUAAACGCAACUCAGAAGUCUUUUCUUGAUGUGCAGGAAUCAGUAACUAUGCAGGUGGAACGUUUAGAGAUGCAGUUACAGCUAGAACGAGAUCUUGAUGAUCAGAAGACUGUGGCAGAACGUCAGCAGGAGUACAAAGAGAAACUCCAAGGGAUAUGCGAUCUUCUCACCCAAACCGAAAACCGCCUCAUUGGUCACCAGGAAGCCUUUGUGAUUGGAGAUGGCACAGCUGAGUUGAAGAAGUUCAGGACUGAGCAGGAGGAAUUACAGAAAGACAUGCAAAGAAGUACACAAGCAUUGGAAGAAGUAGUAAGAAACACAGAGAACUUCUUAAAAGAGAAUGGUGAAAAGCUGUCACAGGACGAUAAGGCUUUGAUUGAAAAGAAACUUAGUGAAGCGAAAAUAAAGUGUGAACAGCUUAACUUGAAGACAGAACAGUCCAAAAAAGAGCUGGAUAAAGUUGUGAAGACGGCUAUCAAGGAGGAAACAGAAAAGGUUGCAGCCGAGAAGCAGCUAGAAGAGAGCAAAACCAAGAUAGAAAACCUUCUGGACUGGUUGUCAAAUAUCAACAAUGACUCAGAGCGGGCAGGGACAGAACACAAACAGCUCAUUGAGCAGAAUGGGACCCACUUUGAUGAAGGCGAUGGCAGGCUGGAAACUGGAGAAGAGGAUGAUGAGAACGGCAACUUGUCAGCCGUUGAUGUUAGUGAGCGCGAUGGAGGCCCUGAGGACAAUCUCAAUCAGCAAUACCAGAAGAUUAAGGCCCAGCAUGAGAAGAUCAUUUCUCAGCACCAGGCGGUCAUCAUAGCCACGCAGUCCGCACAGUCCUUGCUCGAGAAGCAGGGCCACUAUCUCUCUCCUGAGGAGAAAGAAAAACUGCAGAAGAACAUGAAGGAGCUGAAAGCACACUAUGAAACCACACUGGCCGAGUCAGAGAAGAAAAUGAAGUUAACACACACCCUGCAAGAGGAAUUUGAGAAGUUCGAUGCUGACUAUGGCGAGUUUGAGCACUGGCUGCAGCAAUCUGAGCAGGAGCUUGAGAACCUGGCAGUGGGUGUGGACAACCUCGGUGGCCUACUGAGCAUGCUGAGCAGGCAGAAGAGCUUCUCAGAGGAUGUUAUUUCUCACAAAGGUGACUUGCGGUACAUCACCAUCUCUGGAAACAGGGUGUUAGAAGCUGCCAAGUUAUGCAGUAAGAGAGAGGGCAGCAAGGCUCCCGAGGCUGAUGUGGACACUUCCGCCACCCACAGAGAAGUCCAGAACAAGCUCAGUCAUGCCACCGAUCGGUUUAGGUCUCUCUACUCCAAGUGUAACGUUUUUGGAAAUAAUCUGAAAGACCUGGUGGAUAAAUACCAACACUACGAGGAUGCAUCCUGCACACUUCUGUCUGCACUGCAGGCUGCAGAGUCCUUGGCCAGCAAACACUUACUGGAACCCAUUGCUGUGGACCCACAGAAUCUGCAGAGGCAGUUAGAAGAGACCAAGGCUCUGCAAGGACAGAUAUCAAGUCAGCAGCUUGCUGUCGAGAAACUGAAAAAAGCAGCGGAAGUGCUUUUAGAUGCCAGGGGGUCCUUAUUUUCAGCCAAAAAAGAUAUCCAGAAAACACUGGAUGACAUUGUUGGGAGAUACGAUGAUCUGUCCAAGUCUGUUCAUGAACGACAUGAAAAGCUCCAGAUAACCCUGACACGCUCCCUGAGUGUGCAGGAUGGCCUGGACGAGAUGCUGAACUGGCUGGGUGGUGUGGAGAGCUCUCUGAAGGAGCAGGGGCAGGUGCCCUUAAACUCCGCUGCGCUCCAGGAUCUCAUCAGCAAAAACAUUAUGUUGGAACAGGACAUUGCAGGUCGUCAGAGCAGUGUAAACGCCAUUAAUGAAAAAGUGAAGAAAUUUAUAGAAAGAGCAGACCCAUCCACUGCUUCCUCACUACAGGCUAGAAUGAAGGAGCUGUCUGUACGGUUUUCAGAAGCCAGUCAGAAACACAGGGAAAAACUGGCCAAAAUGGAGGAGCUGAAAACCAAAGUGGAACUGUUUGAAAGCCUCUCAGAAAAACUCCAGACCUUUUUAGAAACAAAAACUCAGGCUCUCACAGAGGCAGACGUGCCAGGAAAAGAUGUCACUGAAUUGUCUCAGUAUAUGCAGGAAUCAACUUCUGAAUUCUUAGAACGCAAGGAAGAUCUUGAUGCUUUACAUAAUCUCUUGAAAGACAUAUCCAGCCAUGGCUUACCAGGUGAUAAGGCUCUGGUUUUUGAAAAAACAAAUAAUUUGUCUAAGAAAUUCAAAGAAAUGGAGGAUACCAUCAAAGAAAAAAAAGAAGCUGCAACAUCUUGUCAGGAACAACUGGAAGCUUUCCAAAUCCUUGUUAAAUCCCUAAAAUCGUGGAUAAAAGAAACGACAGAGCAGGUUCCCAUUUUGGAGCCCUCCUUUGGUGCAGAAGAUCUAGGAAAAUCUCUGGCAGAAACCAAGAAAUUACAAGAAAAGUGGAGUUUAAAAACACCAGAGAUUCAGAAAGUGAACAGCAACGGCAUCUCACUAUGUAACCUCAUCAGCGCGGUGACCACGCCCGCGAGAGCAAUUGCAGCAGUGAAAUCAGGUGGAGUAAUGUUAAAUGGUAAAGGAACAGACAUAAAUACACAGGACUUUUUGACAAAUAAAGGUUUAACAUCUGUUCAAAAGGACAUGACUGACAUAAGUCAUAGUUAUGAAGAUCUUGGCCUGUUACUCAAGGACAAAAUAGCUGAGUUGAAUACUAAGCUCUUCAAAUUGCAGAAGGCUCAGGAAGAAUCAAGUUCAAUGAUGCAGUGGUUAGAGAAAAUGAACAAGACUGCAGCAAAAUGGCACCAAACGCCAACCCCUGCUGACACUGAAGCUGUGAAGACUCAGUUUGAGCAGAAUAAGUCAUUUGAGGCGGAACUGAAACAAAAUGUAAACAAAGUGCAGGAGUUGAAGGAUAAACUGACAGAGCUGUUGGAGGAGAACCCAGAUAUUCCCGAGGCCCAGAAAUGGAACCAGAUACUGAAAGAAAUAGAUGCUAAGUGGCAAGAGCUCAACCAAUUAACGGUUGACAGACAACAAAAGCUGGAAGAGUCCUCCAAUAAUCUCACUCAAUUCCAGACUGUAAAAGCUCAGUUAAAACAGUGGCUUGUGGAAAAAGAACUGAUGGUUAGUGUGCUUGGGCCCUUGUCCAUCGACCCAAAUAUGCUGAACACACAGAAGCAACAGGUGCAGAUUCUGUUACAAGAAUUUGACACCCGGAGACCUCAGUAUGAGCAGCUCAGGGCAGCCGGCCAGGGUAUGUUGAGCAGGCCUGGGGAAGAGCCUACCCUGCAUGGAGUAGUAAAGGAGCAGCUGGCAGCUGUGACCCAGAAGUGGGACAGCCUCACGGGACAACUCAGUGACAGAUGUGACCGGAUCAACCAAGGCAUCGUGCAGAGCAUGCAGUACCAGAGCCUGCUGAGAAGCCUCUCGGAGCGGCUGAAUGAGCUGGAGAAGCGGCUCAGCGACAGCCUGACUGCGAGUACCCCAGCGGAUGCUGUAACCCAGCAGCUGGAAAUAGCCUGGAGGCUGAAGCAGGAAGUCGAGCAGGAAGCACCACAGAUAAAAGCGGCUCAGGCACUGUGUGCAGGCCUGUCCACACUGGUCAGGGAGGAAUACCUGAAAGCAGAACUCAGUAGGCAGCUGGACAGCAUCUUAAAAUCAUUUAAGGAUAUUGAACAGAAAGCAGAAAAUCUUGUCCAGCAUCUUCAAUCAGCCUGUGCAAGCUCUCAUCAAUUUCAGCAGAUGUCUAAAGAUUUUCAGGCUUGGCUGGAUACAAAGAAAGAAGAGCAAAAGAAGUCUCACCCAGUAUCAGCCAGCCUGAAAGUCUUAGAAUCAUUAAUUAAAGAUCAGAAAGACUUUAGUACAACUUUAGCUGCCCAGUCUAAUAUUUAUGAAAAAACCAUUGCAGAAGGUGAAAAUUUGUUAUUGAAAACACAAGGGUCUGAGAAGGCAGCCUUACAGCUACAGCUUAACAUGAUUAAAAACAACUGGGAUGGAUUUAAUAAACAAGUGAAAGAAAGAGAAAACAAGUUAAUAGACGCAUUCAAAAAAGCCCUCAAGUACAAAGAACAGGUGGAGACUCUCAGGCCAUGGAUAGAUAAAUGUCAGAACAAGUUGGAGGAAGUUAAGUUUUGUUUGGAUCCUGCUGAAAUAGAAAAUUCCAUUUCCAAGUUGAAGUCACUGCAGAAGGAAAUGGACCAACACUUUGGUAUGGUAGAGCUGCUGAACAACACAGCCAACAGCCUGCUCAGUGUCUGUGAGGUAGACAGAGAGGUGGUUACAGAUGAGAAUAAAGCACUGAUCCAGAAGGUAAACACCAUCUCUGAACAACUUCAUAGUAAAAAAUUCUCUCUGGAGAACACAGCCCGGAAGUUUAAAGAAUUUGAAGAAGUUUCUAAAGAAGCCAACAGGCAGCUUCAGUGUGCAAAGGAACAGCUGGAUGUCCACGAGUCCCUGGGGCCCCAGGCUUACAGUAACAAAUGGCUGACCAUACUUCAGGCUCAGCAGAAAGCACUGCAGACCUUGAUGCACCAGGUAGAUUUGGCCAGAAGACUUGCUCAGGAUCUCGUGAUAGAAGCUGCAGACUCCAAGGGAACCUCUGACAUUUUGUUGCAAGCAGAAACCUUAGCUCAAGCACAUAGUACACUAAGUCAGCAGGUUGAUGAAAAAUGUUCAUUCUUAGAAACCAAGCUUCAGGGAAUUGGACAUUUCCAGAAUACCAUCCGAGAAAUGUUUUCUCAGUUUGCAGAGUUUGAUGAUGAAUUAGAUAGCAUGGCUCCAGUGGGGAGAGAUGUAGAAACACUGCACAUGCAAAAGGAGGCUAUAAAAACCUUUCUGAAGAAACUAGGCGCCCUUAUAGCAAGCAAUGAUAAUGCUAAUAAAACCUGCAAGAUGAUGCUGGCCACAGAGGAAGCCUCUCCUGAUCUCACUGGAAUCAAGAGGGACUUGGAGGCCUUGAGCAAACAGUGCAACAAGUUACUGGACCGAGCACAUGCUAGAGAAGAGCAGGUUGAAAUAAUGCUUGAGAGUCUUAAAGAAUUCUAUAGCAAAUUUGAAGAAUUUUCUACUCUACUCCAAAAGGCUGAAGAACAUGAAGAGUCACAAGAUCCUGUUGGGAUGGAGAUAGAGACUCUCAAUCAGCAGCUUGCUGUAUUUAAGGUUUUCCAGAAGGAAAAGAUUGAACCUUUGCAGGUUAAACAGCAAGAUGUAAACUGGUUGGGUCAAGGGCUUAUUCAGAGUGCUGCUAAAAACACCAGCACUCAGGGCUUGGAGCACGACCUGGAAGAUGUCAGUGCACGGUGGAAAACUCUCAACAAGAAGGUGGCUCAGCGCGCAGCCCAGCUGCAGGAGGCCUUGCUGCAUUGUGGGAGGUUCCAGGAUGCCUUGGAGUCCCUGCUCAGCUGGAUGGCAGACACUGAGGAGCUGGUGGCCAAUCAGAAGCCCCCAUCGGCUGAGUUCAAAGUGGUAAAGGCCCAGAUUCAAGAGCAAAAGCUUCUGCAAAGAUUGCUGGAUGACCGCAAAUCUACUGUGGAAGUAAUCAAACGAGAAGGAGAAAAAAUCGCUGCCAUGGCAGAACCUGCAGAUAAAGUGAAGAUCUUGGAGCAGCUGAGUCUCCUGGGAAGUAGAUGGGAGACACUGCUUAAUAAAGUUGAAGCUAGGAAUCGUCAGUUGGAAGGUAUCUUGGUUGUGGCACAGCAAUUUCAUGAAACCUUAGAACAACUGAAUGAGUGGCUCACCACCAUAGAAAAGCGACUGGCAAAUUCUGAUCCCAUAGGAACCCAGGCAUCUAAACUGGAGGAACAAAUUGCUCAGCACAAAGCCUUAGAAGACGACAUCAUCAAUCAUGGUAAACAUUUACACCAGGCUGUUAGCAUUGGCCAGUCCUUAAAGGUUUUGAGCUCCAGGGAGGAUAAAGAUAUGGUGCAGAAUAAAUUAAAUUGCUCUCAAGUGUGGUACAUUGAGAUUCAAGAGAAAAGCCUCAGCAGGUCUGAGCUCCUCCAGCAGGCCCUGUGCAAUACUAGGAUUUUUGGGGAAGAUGAAGUUGAGCUGAUGACCUGGCUGAACGAAGUGCAUGACAAACUGAGCAGGCUCUCAGUCCAGGAUCACAGCCCCAAGGGGCUCUGCAAGCAGCAAGCUGAACUGCGGAUUCUACAAGAGGACAUCCUUCUCAGGAAACAAAACGUAGAUCAGGCGAUACUCAAUGGCUUAGAACUUCUUAAACACACCACAGGUGAUGAAGUUUUAAUAAUUCAAGAUAAAUUGGAAGCCAUCAAAGCAAGGCACAAAGAUGUUCUCAAACUGAGCACUGAUGUCGCCGUGACUCUGGAACAGGCACUUGAGCUCUCCAAAAGGCUGUACUCCAUACAAGAGCAGCUGUGUAACUGGCUGGACAAGGUGGAGGCGGAGUUACUCUCCUACGAGACUCAGGCUCUAAAGGGAGAAGCUGCAAGCCAAGCACACAGGAGACAAAAAGAGCUGAAACAGGAAUUGAAGAACAACAAAGCCUUACUGGAUUCCCUUAACGAAGUGAGCAGCUCUUUGCAGGAGUUGGUACCGUGGAGGGCCAGAGAAGGCCUGGGAAAGAUGGUGGCCGAGAACAACGAGCGCUACCGUCUAGUGAGCAACACCAUCGCUCAGAGGGUGGAGGAGAUGGAUGCCGCUGUUCUGCGAUCUCAGCAGUUUCACCAAGCUGCUGAUGCCGAGUUAUCGUGGAUUACUGAAACAGAAAAGAAAUUGUUGUCUCUGGGUGACAUCAGGCUUGAGCAAGACCAGACCUCUGCUCAGCUACAGGUUCAAAAGACAUUCACCAUGGAGAUUUUGAGACACAAGGAUAUGAUUGAUGAGCUAGUUAAAUCUGAGGAUAAAAUCAUGGCCAUAUCCAGUGAAGAGGAAAAGCAAUCCGUGAAGAACAAACUGGACAAGGUGUUGAAAAACUAUGAUACCAUCUGCCAGAUAAACUCAGAGAGGUAUCUGCAGCUGGAGCGGGCACAGUCACUCAUUAGCCAGUUCUGGGAGACGUAUGAAGAGCUCUGGCCAUGGCUGAUAGAAACACAGAGAAUCAUCUUGCAGCUGCCCACUCCAGCCCUUGAGUAUGAAACUUUGAGACAGCAGCAGGAAGAACAUCGGCAACUGCGAGAGUUGAUUGCUGAACACAAGCCACACAUAGAUAAGAUGAACAAGACUGGGCCACAGUUACUGGAACUGAGCCCAGGGGAAGGCUUUUCUAUUCAAGAGAAGUAUGUGGCAGCAGACACCCUUUAUAGUCAAAUUAAGGAAGACGUCAAAAAGCGCGCUGUAGCUCUGGAUGAAGCCAUGUCUCAGUCAACUCAGUUCCACAACAAGAUUGACCAGAUCCGUGAGAGUCUGGAGCGCAUUGUGGAACGUCUGAGACAACCACCAUCCAUAUCUGCAGAGGUUGAGAAGAUCAAGGAGCAGAUCAGUGAAAAUAAGAAUGUGUCAGUCGACAUGGAAAAGCUACAACCAUUGUAUGAAACGCUUAAGCUGAGGGGAGAGGAAAUGAUUGCUAGAUCUGGGGGUACUGAUAAAGACAUAUCUGCCAAAGCUGUUCGUGAUAAGCUUGACCAAAUGGUUUUCAUUUGGGAGAACAUACACACACUGGUGGAAGAAAGAGAAGCCAAACUACUGGAUGUAAUGGAACUAGCAGAAAAGUUCUGGUGUGACCAUAUGGCUCUGGUGGUUACCACAAAAGAUACUCAGGAUCUCAUUCAGGACCUGGAAGAGCCUGGAAUUGAUCCCUCAGUAGUAAAGCAGCAGCAAGAAGCAGCAGAGGCCAUAAAGGAGGAAAUAGAUGGGCUGCAAGAAGAGCUGGAUGCAGUCAUCAACCUGGGUUCGGAGCUCAUUGCUGCUUGUGGGGAGCCGGAUAAACCCAUUGUCAAGAAAAGCAUAGAUGAGUUAAAUUCAGCCUGGGAUUCUCUAAACAAAGCUUGGAAAGAUCGGAUUGACCAGCUGGAGGAGGCCAUGCAGACUGCCGUUCAGUACCAGGAUGGGUUGCAGGCAGUAUUUGACUGGGUGGAUAUUGCAGAUGGUAAAUUAGCUUCAAUGUCUCCAAUCGGAACAGAUCUUGAAACUGUCAAGCAGCAGAUUGAAGAGCUAAAGCAAUUUAAGUCAGAGGCUUAUCAACAACAGAUAGAAAUGGAAAGACUGAACCAUCAAGCAGAGCUUUUGCUGAAGAAAGUAACAGAGGAGAGCGACAAACACACUGUUCAAGACCCGUUAGUGGAACUGAAGCUGAUAUGGGAUAGCCUGGACGAGAGAAUUGUCACCCGCCAGCACAAGCUGGAGGGCGCACUGCUGGCCCUGGGUCAGUUCCAGCAUGCCCUAGACGAGCUCCUGACCUGGCUGACACACACCGAGGGCUUGCUCAGUGAACAGAAGCCUGUUGGCGGUGACCCGAAAGCCAUUGAAAUUGAACUCGCCAAACAUCAUGUGCUCCAAAAUGAUGUGCUGGCCCAUCAGUCCACAGUGGAAGCUGUUAAUAAAGCAGGAAAUGAUCUUGUUGAAUCGAGUGCAGGGGAAGAAGCAAGCAACCUUCAGCAUAAGCUAGAGGUUUUAAAUCAACGCUGGCAAAAUGUCUUGGAAAAAACAGAACAAAGGAAGCAGCAGCUGGAUGGUGCCUUGCGCCAGGCCAAAGGCUUCCAUGGCGAGAUUGAGGACCUCCAGCAGUGGCUGACCGACACAGAGCGACACCUGUUGGCAUCUAAGCCUCUGGGAGGUCUUCCAGAAACAGCCAAGGAGCAGCUGAAUGCCCACAUGGAAAUCUGUGCUGUGUUUGAUGUUAAAGAAGAAACAUAUAGGAGCCUGAUGCAGAAAGGCCAGCAGAUGCUUGCAAGAUGCCCCAAAUCUGCAGAGACAAAUGUUGAUCAAGACAUAAAUAACUUAAAAGAAAAAUGGGAAUCAGUGGAAACGAAACUCACCGAAAGGAAAACUAAACUGGAAGAGGCCCUCAGCUUGGCAGUGCAGUUCCACGACUCCCUGCAGGACUUUAUCAGCUGGCUCACCCAGGCUGAGCAGACCCUGAAUGUGGCUUCCUGGCCAAGUCUUAUCUUGGACACAGUCUUGUUUCAAAUUGAUGAGCACAGGGUCUUUGCCAAUGAAGUGAAUUCUCACCGUGAGCAGAUCAUAGAGCUGGACAAAACCGGAACCCACCUGAAGUAUUUCAGUCAGAAACAAGAUGUUGUCCUAAUUAAGAAUCUACUUAUUAGUGUGCAAAGUCGGUGGGAAAAAGUAGUUCAACGGUUAGUGGAGAGAGGAAGAUCAUUGGAUGAUGCCAGGAAGAGAGCCAAGCAGUUCCAUGAAGCCUGGAGUAAACUUAUGGAGUGGCUGGAAGAGUCAGAAAAGUCCCUGGAUUCUGACAUGGAAAUCGCCAAUGAUCCAGACAGAAUAAAAACACAGCUUGCACAGCACAAGGAGUUUCAGAAAUCACUAGGAGCCAAGCAUUCUGUCUAUGAUACCACCAACCGAACUGGACGUUCACUGAAGGAGAAAACCUGUCUGGCUGAUGACAACCUGAAGCUGGAUGACAUGCUGAGUGAACUCAGAGACAAGUGGGACACCAUCUGUGGAAAGUCUGUGGAGAGACAAAACAAACUUGAGGAAGCACUGUUAUUUUCUGGACAAUUCACAGAUGCCCUACAGGCCCUUAUUGAUUGGUUGUAUAGAGUUGAACCUCAGCUGGCAGAAGAUCAGCCUGUCCAUGGGGACAUUGAUUUGGUGAUGAAUCUCAUUGAUAAUCACAAGGUCUUCCAAAAAGAGCUGGGGAAGAGAACCAGCAGUGUGCAGGCCUUGAAGCGCUCUGCCCGGGAGCUUAUAGAAGGCAGCAGUGAUGAUUCCUCUUGGGUCAAAGUCCAGAUGCAGGAGCUGAGCACACGCUGGGAGACCAUUUGUGCACUUUCUAUCUCAAAGCAGACGCGGCUAGAAGCAGCCUUGCAUCAGGCAGAAGAGUUCCACUCGGUGGUACAUGCCCUCUUGGAGUGGCUGGCUGAGGCAGAGCAAACCCUGCGUUUCCACGGAGUUCUCCCAGAUGAUGAGGAUGUUCUCCGAACUCUCAUUGACCAGCAUAAAGAAUUCAUGAAGAAACUGGAGGAGAAAAGAGCUGAUCUCAAUAAAGCCACCAGUAUGGGUGAUGCUGUCUUGGCCAUGUGCCACCCUGACUCCAUCACCACCAUUAAGCACUGGAUAACAAUCAUCCGGGCCAGGUUUGAGGAGGUACUGGCCUGGGCAAAGCAGCAUCAGCAAAGAUUAGCGAGUGCUCUGGCUGGGCUCAUUGCUAAAAAGGAGUUGUUGGAAGCUUUACUGGCUUGGUUGCAGUGGGCUGAAACUACACUCAAUGAGAAGGACAAAGAAGACAUCCCCCAAGAGAUUGAGGAGGUGAAGGCCCUCAUCGCAGAGCACCAGUCUUUCAUGGAGGAAAUGACCAGGAAACAGCCUGAUGUGGAUAAAGUCACCAAAACCUAUAAAAGGAGAGUUGCCGACCCUCCCUCGCUGCAGUCCCACAUUCCCGUCCUGGAUAAGGGGCGAGCAGGAAGAAAACGCUUCCCAGCAUCCGGUCUAUAUCCCUCUGGAUCUCAAGCACAAAUCGAAACCAAGAAUCCCAGGGUGAACCUGCUGGUGAGCAAGUGGCAGCAAGUCUGGCUCCUCGCAUUGGAAAGGAGGAGGAAGCUCAAUGAUGCCUUGGACAGGCUGGAAGAGCUGAGGGAAUUUGCUAACUUUGAUUUUGAUAUUUGGCGCAAAAAAUACAUGCGGUGGAUGAAUCACAAGAAAUCUCGAGUGAUGGACUUCUUCCGGAGAAUUGAUAAAGAUCAGGAUGGGAAGAUCACCCGGCAAGAGUUUAUCGAUGGAAUUCUUUCUUCAAGUAAGCAAGCCUCAAAGGAGAUCACUGUAACUGACACAGCGUUUAAAGGCAAAUUCCCCACCAGUCGCCUGGAGAUGAGCGCAGUUGCAGAUAUCUUUGACAGAGAUGGUGAUGGGUACAUUGACUACUAUGAAUUUGUGGCAGCUCUUCACCCCAAUAAAGAUGCAUAUAAACCCAUCACAGACGCUGACAAAAUUGAAGAUGAGGUCACAAGGCAGGUAGCUAAGUGUAAAUGUGCAAAACGAUUUCAAGUUGAACAGAUUGGUGAUAACAAAUACAGGUUCUUCCUGGGAAAUCAGUUUGGAGACUCACAGCAACUGCGGCUGGUUCGGAUCCUGCGAAGUACUGUGAUGGUUCGUGUUGGAGGUGGAUGGAUGGCACUUGAUGAGUUCUUGGUGAAAAACGAUCCUUGUAGGGUUCAUCAUCAUGGGAGUAAAAUGUUACGUUCGGAAUCAAACUCUUCAAUUACUACUACUCAGCCUACUAUAGCCAAAGGAAGAACCAACAUGGAACUGCGUGAGAAGUUCAUCCUAGCAGACGGCGCCAGUCAAGGCAUGACUCCUUUCCGACCCCGGGGUCGCAGAUCCCGGCCGUCCUCUCGGGGAGCAUCACCUAACAGAUCGAUUUCUGUGUCCAGCCAGGCUGCUCAGGGGGCUUCCCCACAGGUCCCUGCCACCGGAACACCCAAGAUUCUCCAUCCUUUAACACGCAAUUAUGGUAAACCAUGGUUGACAAACAGCAAAAUGUCAACUCCUUGUAAGCCAGCAGAGUGCCCAGACUUUGCCGUGUCAUCCACAGAGGGAACUCCGAUCCAAGGCAGCAAGCUGCGACUUCCAGGGUACUUAUCAGGGAAAGGCUUCCACUCCGGGGAGGACAGUGGCUUGAUCACAACGGCAGCCAGCAGAGUGAGAACACAGUUCGCUGAUGCCAGGAGGACUCCCAGCCGACCCGGAAGCCGCGCGGGGAGCAAAGCUGGCAGCAGGGCCAGCAGCCGCAGAGGCAGUGAUGCAUCUGACUUCGACAUCUCAGAAAUCCAGUCUGUGUGUUCAGAUGUGGAGCCCGUCCCCCAGACACACAGACCUGCGCCCCGAGCGAGUCCUCGGCCUGCUCGGGGCACAGGCAAGCCUUCCAAAAUUCCCAUGCCGCAGAGGAGGUUGCCUGCCAGCCGACUGGAUAAGUCCUCCAAGAGAUAGUGCUGUCUGCUCCUCUGACCUUCCUCGAACAUUUGUUAUUUAAGUUUGAACAGUGUAAAGUAUGAUGUAGAAAUUAUUGUGAAAUAUCUCAAGCGAUGAUUCUGCAGAUGGCCUUAUCUGUGAAUAUGCCUUUUUAUUUGAUCUGUAUCAUUUUUUGGUCAGAUAUUAUGGGACUAAAGUCACAUCAUAUGUGACAAGGAAGAAAGAGUCCAAUGUGAGCUAACAUUUCUACACCUAAUGUGUACACUAAAAUCAGUUACCCUUCAACAAGUAAGUCUCCGUUCUCUCCGACAACCACAGCACUACACUGAUAGCUGACACUGAAGACACCUCAUGAUGUGUUUCCUUGUUUUCUGUGGAAAUUCCAAACAGCCGAAGAACUCAGACCGAGGAUGUAUUUUAGGAUGAUUUAAAUGUAAAAUGAAAGUUGGAUGGCAGCAAGACAGACACAUCCACACACAGUUCUCCAAGCAGUUCUCCAACCUGACAGAGAACUCACAGGCGUUUACUUCAAGCACUCGCCAGUGCCACGCGCCGCUAGUGCAGGGCAGCAUUCCUGUGCCAUGGCAUUAACGGCAGCCAGCCAAAAGCAUCCCGGAUACUAGGCCUACUACACUGUAAGAAUAUAACCCUAAAAUGCAGUCGUAUAAAUGUGAGAUUUUCUUUUGCUUGAGUGGAAAGUAGCACCUGUAUCAUUGAACUCAUUUUGUAUCAAGGCAAUUUUUGCUUGCAAAAAGCUAUGUAUGAAAUAAAAACGUCCCUUAAUUACAUUGCUAUGGAAUUAAUUUUUUUCCCUAGGGAAAAUUGGUGUAUUUUUUUAUAAGCAGUAUCAAUUUGGAGUGACCAAAAGAUACGUUAAAAUAGGUUUAUUUUGAUUUCUCAUCUGAAAUAACCAUGUUCUGGUAUUAUAUCUACCUAUAUUUAAUAAAUAUAUGCACUUUAAUUUAUUAUGUAUACUCACAUACUAUAGAAAAAUACUAGUGUGCAUUUAAUAAAGCAUAUUCACUUGAA